UGAGAAAUCACGGAUUAAGUAUGAGAGGAAGCGUUUAAAAGUAUUGCAGGGUGAAUAGGUGUACCGUAUACACUCUCCCGACUCCUUUACGUUUGUGUCUCUGUCAGGGCCUACGUCCGCACGCACGGGUGUUGACUGGUCGCAAAAUGGCCGUUCCUUUCACCGGCGGUGGCCGGUCUGUUUGAUCCGCGGGCCCGCCAUAACAAAGUGUCGUCAUAGCCUGGGAGCUCUGUGGAUUCCUCGCAUUAUAACUUUUGCAGCAUUGCUGCAGCAGCUUAUCCUCGACUGAUAUAAGCGCCUGUGGGUAAUUUUCAUUUUUUUCUUUUUCUUUUUUUUUUGAAGGUUUUUUUGGCUCUUCAAUGGUGGAACCCGGGCUUUUGUAUUCAAACGUCAGGACGCUUUGGAACGGAGAAAGAAUGAGCUUCUGAGAAGAGUGAGGGAGAGAAUUUAAUUUGUUUGUGGAAAGAUCGGGCUUUGAGGAAUUGUCUUCGGGUGAAAACAUGGGCACCGGAUGGAGAAGAGCUAGAAGCGCAUUUGGAUUUGGUGUUUGCGCGUCAGUUCCUCCGGAGCUUGAGGAUGAGUCUGCGGAAGAUUUCGGUGCUGGUGGUCCAAGAUUUGAGUCACGAAACUUGGCUGGUUCAAGAGUUGUGAUUACAGGAAAUAGUAACGGAAGCCCUCGUGGUUUGCAGCAGCAAACUGUUGCAAGCCCGAGUCCGAGAGCGAAUUGCCGUGUUGACAGUCCUUCGUCGGCGGUUCAAACCCCGCGGUCGCAAUGCCAGAGUAGUCCAAGGUUGCUUCAGACGGAAAACGUGUCGCCGACGGAGCUGGUUUCAAACUGUGGGCCGCCGCAGUCGCCACGAUCGCCGUCUCUGUUUCGAAGCGGGAUUCGAAUCUCCAAAAGCUCAUGUGCAAUAUGCUUGGAGACGAUGAAGCCCGGGCAGGGUCAUGCAAUCUUUACAGCGGAAUGCUCUCAUUCUUUUCAUUUUCAAUGCAUUGCCUCGAAUGUCCGUCACGGCAACUUGAUUUGUCCCGUCUGCAGGGCAAAAUGGAAGGAAGUGCCAUGGCAGGCUCCUGCCAAGGAAGAGAAUAAAGUUGUUCCAGGGAUGAGAAAUGAAAAUCUCAUUCCCAGGCGUCAGGAAGCCUUGAGAAAUGCAGAAGACGAGCAGAGAAGAUUGGAUCCGGUGUUGAGAAUCCUAGAUGACUCCAUCGCAAGCUUUAGGGGACACCGGCAAAGCUUUUCUCAGGAGCCUCCCGUGUACGACGACGAUGAGCCUCUUGAUUCGAAUUCGAGAUCAAGCGAAGACCAAGCAAAAGAUCAAGAGCUCGAAACCGCGGUGGAUUCCGAAGGAACGAGCGAUCGUACAACGAAAAUGGAAAUAUCGUUGCAUCCUGAGGUGGAAGCCGUUGAAGCAGGCAAAAACUGUGAGAAUUUCACGAUUCUCGUUCACGUCAAGGCAAGAGAACAGAUUUCUGAGAAAAGCAACAGCCGUGCACCGAUCGAUCUUGUCACAGUGCUUGAUGUAAGCGGAAGCAUGUCAGGGACAAAGCUUUCGCUGCUCAAACGCGCCAUGGCUUUUGUGAUUUCAAACCUAAGCCCCGCGGACAGGCUCUCCAUUGUCGCCUUUUCUUCCACGGCAAAGAGAGUUUUUCCUUUAAAGCGCAUGGUUCCUGAAGGGCAAAGAUCCGCCCGUCGCGUGAUCGAGCGCCUCAUCUGCACAGGCGGCACAAAUAUUUCCGAGGGCCUGCGAAAAGGCACUAAAGUUCUUGAAGAUCGCCGGGUUCGAAACCCCGUGGCGAGCAUCAUGUUGCUCUCCGACGGCCAUGAUACCUACAGCCUCAGCUCUCGCGGCGGUGAAAGGCGCAGCAGUUCUGUAGCUUCAAUACAGAGCACCGCAGUUCAAAUACCAGUCCAUACCUUUGGCUUCGGCGUCGACCACGACGCUGCCACGAUGCACUCCGUUUCUGAACAAUCCGGCGGCACAUUUUCCUUCAUUCAAUCAGAAAGCCUUGUGCAAGAAGCCUUUGCGCAAUGUAUCGGCGGAUUGCUCAGCGUUGUUGUGCAAGACGUAAAUUUAUCUCUCUCCGCCUGUGCAGCCACAAAAUUAAAAUGCCUACACGCCGGAAGCUAUGACACUUCCAUUUCCGACGAUGGCAGCCAUGGGACAGUAAAGCUUCGAGAUCUUUAUGCAGAAGAAUGUAGAGAUAUACUGGUGGAUCUCCACUUAUCUUCCAUUUUGAACUCAUCAAACCCUACGAAUUUAGUUUCUGUCAAUUGCUCAUACAAGGACCCCGUCUCGCAGCAAAUCCUGCACAUUCAAGAAAUGUUCCUGUCAAUCUCGCGUCCCGAAGACGCCAUCGGAUAUCCAGUCGCCCUAAAUUUGGACGUACAGAAGCAACAGCAGCGCCUUCGAACAGCUCAAGCCAUAGCGGAUGCUAAAACCCUAGCCGACCGUGGCGAAAUGUCUGGCGCCCAAGAAAUCCUCCAAAAAGCAAAAGCAGACCUGCAAAUCUCCGCAGCCUCAGCUCGAACCUCCGACAGGUCACUCUACCUUUCACUCGAAUCAGAAAUCACCGAGAUACAGGUCAGAAUGGCCAACAAGCAGACCUAUGAACGUUCUGGACGGGCAUUUGUUCUUUCUUCUCACAGCUCGCAUCUCGGACAAAGAGCCACAACCCGUGGCGAAAGUUUUGAGAAUUACAGCAGAGAAUACCAGACACCGUCCAUGGCGGACAUGGUUGUGCGCUCACAAAAUCCAGCACAGCCUGAACUUAUUUCCCCGCCCAAUCCAAAUGCAAGCUCUAGCGCCUCUGCCUGGCGAACAGCCGAGAAGCUUGCCAAGGUUGCCCUCAUGAGAAAAUCCUGCACCAAAGUUAUCGAUUUGCACGGAUUUGAGAAUGGUGGAUUUUGAGGUAUUCUUUCCUGAACAAUUCUUUUUUCAAGUAAUUGUAUAGAUUUCCUUAGAGAUUAUUAAGGCCGGAUAUUGUGAGCAUAAAAGUUUCUCUGCCAUCAAUUUACAGUUUCAUAUGUUCAUUAUCAACCUUAUCGUCCAUAAGUUUGUAGUUAACAGGCCUCCCCACUACAUGUAAGAAGCAAUGGAGUCUGGAAGUUCUGAAAUCAUCUAUUCUUACUGUAAAUUUUUUAAAAAUCCUCGGUAAUUUCUUUAGCUGUUCUAUUCCGUAUAUGGAAAAGGGAAAAUCCUCAAUGCAUUCAUUUGUCUUUCGUGUUU